AUGUCAAACCCAGGACGAGGCAGUUUAACGUCAGACCCAGGACGAGGCAGUUUAACGUCAGACCCAGGACGAGAUAUCAUUUACAUUGUGACAUGGCUCAGUCAGUCUUUGAACCACCCGAGUAGAAGAGCUCGGGGGUUUACACCUUGGGAGCUGACACGGGGGCUGUCUAAAUUAGCAGUCAAUGAUUCUAACAAGAAAAAAAUUAUAGAAGCAAAUGCCCUCCAGGAGUUCAGCAAAAUGCUUUCGUUCAAUGAUGCAAGAGAAUUGGAGAACACUACUGAAUGUCUCUGGACUUUAUGCUUUGACAAAAGUGCAGGACAGGUGAUUAAAGACUUCCCAGGCCUUGUCACAGCUCUAGACUCCUUGAAAAAUUCUGACAAUGAGAAGAUAAGGAAAAAUGCCAAAGGAGCUUUGUGGCUAAUCAAUGAAGAAAAGGAAGCCUCGAAAGUUUCAGAUAAUGUGGGGGAAGAUGUUGGUAAACAUAUAUUUAUCAGUUACAGUUGGGCGGAAAAAACAAAGGUGAAAGAAAUCUACAAAAGUCUAAAAGUAAGUUAGUAAGUUUAAUACUUUCAAAGUUAUUUAUGGUCUUACAAUGUGACCUGGGCACAGGUGAUUUUGUAUUGAAUUGUAUUGGUUUGAUAUAUCCAAGCAACAAUAAAUUUAACACUUGCAUAAGCAUCUUGUAUUUGAGAGCUAUUGUUCAGAGAGCUAUAAAGUACCUUUGGUUAUCUCUAUGAUAUAUGCUUAUUGCUUUUAAACUGUACAAUACUUCCUCGCGACCCCAAGACACCAGCAAACUCAUAUUCAAGAUACUAUUUCAUAACAAAACACUAGGGCUAGACACUUUAAACUGUACAAUACUUCCUCGCGACCCCAAGACACCAGCAAACUCAUAUUCAAGAUACUAUUUCAUAACAAAACACUAGGGCUAGACACUUUAAACUGUACAAUACUUCCUCGCGACCCCAAGACACCAGCAAACUCAUAUUCAAGAUACUAUUUCAUAACAAAACACUAGGGCUAACACUUUACACUGUACAAUACUUCCACGCGACACCAUUAUACUCCUAUUUAAGGGACUUAUUCACAA